GGGAGGGCUCGGCUCACUGGGAAGGGAGCAGAGGUGGCGCAACCCGGGAGGGUUUGGGCGAGGGCGCUGGAGAAGCAGGUGGAGUAGAGAACAGAGUAAGGUGGGAGCGAGGUACGCAAGGUGGAACCGGGACUUUCGGGGGACAGAGGCCACAUGGGCAGCCCAGAGGCAGAGUACUGAUGAACCCGCCUCCAGCCCAGUAAAACAUGGAGAGGAAAAUCCCGUCCAGAGAGAGCCCCAGGAGACUCUCUGCCAAGCAAGGCAGAGGCACAGAGAUGAAGAAAGCGGCUCGUCAGCUUGGUGUGGUGGCUGCUGAGUCCGAUAAGGACUCUGGAUUUUCAGAUGGGAGCUCAGAAUGUCUGAGCUCUGCAGAGCAGAUGGAGUCCGAGGACAUGCUGAGCGCCUUAGGCUGGAGCAGAGAAGACAGACUGAGGCAGAGCUCCAGAGCUGCAAACAAUGCCUUCCCUACUCUUUCCCCCAUGGUCGUCAUGAAGAAUGUGCUGGUCAAGCAGGGCAGCAGCUCCUCGCAGCUCCAGUCGUGGACAGUCCAGCCCUCCUUCGAGGUGAUCUCAGCACAGCCACAGCUGUUCGUCCUUCAUCCCUCUGCACCAUCUCCUGUCAGCCCAUGUCACACCACUGAGAAAAAGUCAGACUCCAGAAACUACUUGCCCAUUCUGAAUUCUUACACCAAAAUAGCCCCACACCCAGGCAAAAGGGGCCUUUCCCUCAGCGUAGAAGAAAGAGGAGCAAGCAGACCCCAGAAGAAAGUCUGCCCUGAGAGACCGGGCCCCAGCUUGUCUUCUAGUGAGCCGAUAAAGACUGGCACUGUACCAUCCAGACCUCGUACUCCAGCCCCACCCAGUGACAAACUAGCUGAGGACUCCACUCUGCAGGGUGUGCCCUCCCUGGUGGCGGGUGGAAGUCCACAGACUCUCCAGCCUGUGUCUAGCAGCCAUGUGGCCAAAGCUCCCAGUCUAACCUUUGCUUCCCCUGCCAGUCCUGUCUGUGCUUCCGACAGUACUCUGCACGGCUUAGAGAGCAGCUCUCCCCUCUCCCCGCUGUCGGCCAGUUAUAGCUCACCUCUGUGGGCUACAGAGCACCUCUGCCGUAGCCCAGAUAUCUUUUCUGAGCAGCGACAGAGCAAACACAGGCGCUUUCAGAAUACGUUAGUAGUCCUCCAUAAGUCCGGCUUGCUGGAGAUCACUUUGAAAACCAAGGAGUUGAUUCGUCAGAACCAGGCAACUCAGGUGGAACUAGACCAGCUAAAGGAGCAAACACAGCUGUUUAUAGAGGCCACCAAGAGCAGGGCUCCUCAGGCAUGGGCCAAGCUGCAGGCGUCUCUCACAUCUGGAUCCAGUCGUCCAGGCAGUGAUCCAGAAGCGUUCUCUGACCACCCAGACAUAUAGCACAGAAUCAUAUUUUCCAGUCAUUUGUGAUCCCUUUAACUCCAUGGCUAGUACCUACUACACCUGUUUCCCAAAGCCUAUAUAAGAGCUUUUCCUUCUGAACUCAACUUUGAAAGCCACGCACCAAUCCCUGGCUGCUGUCUCAACUUGUGAUCCAUGUGCAAAUGAUACAGUUCUCUGUUCCUCUGUUUUUGAAUCCUUUUUCCUUACUCUGCAGGCACUUAGCUGAAUCAUGGGGCAGAGCAGGAAAAAAGAUAGUGUGCAGCUCUUCUGUUACCUCCCACCAUCCCAUUUGGGAACUGGAUUAAGGGCCCAGUAACAUGGAUGAGCAUACAGAGUGACACUUUUCAAGCCAGGGGGUAGGUGACAUGAUUCCUUCAUCGAUUGGCCCUUGUGUUAAGAGGAGGUGUGUUUGUAUUGUACAAGGCACCAUGCCAGCUUUGGGCACAGGUCAUGUCUGGCCAUGCAAGCAGUUAAGCACACAGCUUUGUUUUCUUAAACUUGAAAGUCAAGGGAAAGGGUAAUACCAUUUGACUCAUACACUUUGAUCACAAGCCAGAUUUCACUUAAACAAGUAGGCAAAAUGCUUCAUAUUUUUAAGGUAUAGAAUGGAUUCGUUACCAUCUAGAAUUGUACGUGAUGGGUUGCUAUGUUGAUUGUAAAUGCUAGCAUCUCUUGGUUAGCAACUGGAAGAUUAUGGUAACUCACACUUUCUUCAGACAGUGAAAACUUUUUUUUUUGUCUGAAAAGCUCAAGCGUAGCUUCAGUGGUUCCUGAGGGUAUGGUAUGAGUUGCCCCUCUGCUGCCAUCAUAGCUGGGUUUUUUUUUUUUCCUUUGUUUUUAUAAAGAAGGGAGAAUUGAUUAUGCUUCUAAACUUUGAAUUAAAUAAAAUCAUGCUGAGGUUACAGUAAGGCUACAAAAUGUUGCAAACCAUUCUUGCUAUCCAUUUUCUCUUCACAUCCUGAGCUUGUCUGUCCCAUGAUGUAGGAGCAACUGUACAGAGCAGUCCUAUGCCUCAUGUGUUGGAUGUUGGCAGCAGAGCUAAAGGCAUGGUGAUGUAUUUUGAUGCUCAUCUGGAGAUGGAGUAUGUGAUCAGAGUUUCCAGGUGAUACACAUUCUUUUCAGCUUCAUUGUAUCAGUGAUUAGAAGUCUUAAGUAAGCUUUCAAAUUUUAUCACUUUAUUUAAAAUUUUUAUCCUUUCAAAAAUCUUUGUUUUUUGUUUUGGUAC